CGUUUAAAUAUUACAGUGUUUUGCUUGUUUUCCAGUUAUGGCAAAGAAAACACAAAGUUUAGUAUUGUAAUACAUUAAGUGGUUAUUAACUUAAACAUAUUCUAAAGUUUUAAAAUAAAACAUGUGACAAACUGCAUUGCACGGCGAUGAACGAUGUGUCCUAGAGUAACGCGGAACGCGAGAGCUGAGUUGGUAAUCCGGGGAGUUCGAAGAGAAGGACCACCGGAAAUUGUUGGGGGAUCUUUGAAUGUGGCCGGAGCACCAGCCAGAGCAAUGGCGACGGCCGUGUUGGGAUGUGGGCUGCGAUUACUGCAGGGGAUCCGCUGUCGGGCGGGAAGGACCGAGCUGCUCAGGGAUCCCUUGCUAAUGUUUGUCCGAACCAAUACAGAGAGCACCUGGUGGCAUGAGCAUCUCUCUGAAGAAAACGUUCGCCAUUUAAGAAAAGUUGUUUCUGAAGAAUACAAAUUGUUGACUGAGAACAGAUCUUGCCCACUAAAAGAUGAGCCAUGGUCCAGGUUACCUUGGGAACCAGGUACCCGCAGGGUUGGACUUGUUGCAGUGAAGCUUGGGAUGAUGCCUUUGUGGACCAAGGCAGGCGAGAAACACGCAGUCACAUUACUUCAGGUCCAAGAUUGCCAUGUUGUAUCAUAUAUAUCUAAAGAAGAAAAUGAUGGGAAAAGAGCCUUGCUGGUAGUGGGUGGAAAGAAUACAUCUUUAUUUAGUAAGUCAGAGACUGUUAUGGAAAAGUACAGGCUAGCUGGUAUACCCCCAAAACAGAAACUAUCAACAUUCAAGGUCACUGAAAAUGCUAUUAUUAAACCAGGUACUCCUUUAUAUGCGGCUCAUUUUCGACCAGGCCAGUAUGUUGACGUCACAGCAAAAACAAUUGGUAAAGGUUUUCAGGGAGUUAUGAAGAGAUGGGGAUUUAGAGGCCAACCUGCAACUCAUGGACAAACCAAAACUCAUCGAAGGCCAGGAGCUUCAGGCCCCGGUGGUGAUCCUGCAAGAGUUUUUCCUGGAAAGAAAAUGCCUGGAAGAAUGGGGAACAUCUACAGAACGGCUCAUGGGCUGAAGGUGUGGAGAGUAAAUACAAAACAGAACAUCCUAUACAUUCAUGGUUCUGUUCCAGGGCACAAGAACUGCUUUGUGAAGGUCAUUGAUUCUGGGUUGCCUAACCUUCAGGAACAUAAUAAGAAUCCACCAUUUCCAACUUACUUUGCUGAUGAUGAAAAUGAAGAGCUGCCAGAAGACCUGUUUGAUGACGAGAUGUUUCAGUUCUCUGAGCCCUCAGUUAGUGUUGCCUAAUGUUUGAGAUGUUCGAAGUGUCAUGAUGUCAGGCCGAGCUUUAAUAUCCUAACUUGGCUGUUUCAUCCAGAGCUGGGUUUACUCCCAAUAUCUGGGUUUAUGCCAAUUGUCUUGUUUCGUCGUGAAAGAUGGAAGUAAAUUUUAAACCAACAUAUCAUUGAAGAAUUAAAAUACAUUGAAGACACAAAGUAAAAUAAGUAUUUCAAAGCCACUUCUUGUGUAAUCUUGAAAUAAGAAAUGGUCAUUCUACAAACCCAGGACAUUCCAUUCUUUUAAGAGAUAUGAUUUGUGGCACAUCUUACAGGGAGGCAUUAUGAAAAGAAAAGGAAUUAUGCAAAAGCAGUUAUUUUAAUUCAUUGAAACCCUGCUAUGGAGUGCAGAAUUCAUAACCUUUUCUAGGUUUAUUAAAUAAAUGCAUCUGAUUUUCACUUAAAACAGAGAGAAUGGUUGUGAGGAAUGUAUCCAGUAGAAAGAGUAUAUGAAAUAAAGUAUUUUUUACAAAAUCAUCAUUCCAGGUAUUUUGAUUGAUGUUUAAAUUAUUUCACAAUGACUGCAGGAUGAUACUAUUUUGUUGCCAAAAAAAUCUUUUGAUUCAUAUCUGGUUUUGGCUUGAGUUUGCUAAAUUAGAAAGGGAAGUAAUAUUACAGUUUUUCUGAGUUGUCUGGUCCCUCCAAUCAAGCCAGCAGUGCAUGUGGUCAAUUCUAAGCUCCAUCUGAGCAAAACAGCAACCUCCUCAGCAUGACAGUUAACUAUUUCUCAUUGCAUGUACACCAGUCUCAAUUGCUAAUGAACCUUUUGCAAAACAUUUGACACAGCAGUCAUUAGAAGACAGAAAAAUCAACUGUAAGUGACAGGUCGGGCAAAAUACAAUCAAAUGCCCCCAGAUGACAUCAAUCAAUCUCUAAGUAGCUCCAUUUUGCAAGCUCUUAAGCUAUCAUUGCAUGUCAGUUGAUGCACCAAUCAGCACAUACUUACUUACUUUAAAAUAUUGUUGGUAGUUGUCAUUUUACUUGAACAAGGAAAAACAAAAGUAGAGGACAUCAAGAAGCCUGACAAGGCAAGAGGAAGAGUAUAGACACCCGCCAGUGAGGAAGGGGAAGAGUACAGAUGUAUGCUGAAAGAGCUGAUGGAAAAGAACGGGGGUCUCUAACGACGUACAAGCAACCAUUGUUGACCAUUUUCUAAACCUUGGUCUGUGCAUGUGUGAGGUUAGUCUGAGGAUGCAGCCUAAUGUGUCAUGUUCAUGUGUGGCAUCAAUUAAUCAGACAUUCGAGAAUGAGAUCAGUAAGACGCUACAUAGCAAAUUUACACCUAUAUGUUACAUAAGUUUGAGCUCCAACUAUACAGUAAAACAGCAUGGUUUUCCCUCUACAAAUAGUGCACUUCAUUGUGAUUACAGAGGACAAUGGAAUUGGAAUCCAGUGCUGGCUUCAAUAUUUUGAAGACAAGGAGAUGAUAGACAAAUGUUGUAGGGCAAAGGUUCAGGUACCAUGCAGAGUGAUUCAAUGUAUAACUAUGCAUGCAACCACAUCAAACAUGUGUUCUGGCAUGCAUCCCAAUGAUUGGGCCAUAUAACACCCCACACCUUAACAUAUUCCUUGAUGGUCUUUACAGACAAUGCUUAGUGUCCAAGGAGAAACAGACUGCCAGGAUCAAUGGCCUAUAUGAUUUCAUCAUAUGGGACAAGGUAUCCUCCUCCAUACUCACCAUUCCUCAGCCCUAUUGAGUUUCUUUCAUCCUGGAGAUGAAAGGUCUAUGACAAGCAUCCUUACGAUGGAUGCUUGCUGAGUAAUCACCAGGUCAAACUGUCUGGUUUAGUUUAGACAUUCCCGGAGGUCUUUUCCCCCAGUACAUCAUUGAGGAACACAUCUUUGUAACGUUGAUGAAAACGUAACCCAACAUUAGGGACAAUAGAUGAGAGAUGAUCAUUAUUGUAUUUCUGUUAUCAAAGAUGUAUGAUUUUUUCUAAAGGUGUGAGCAAUUUCGUCUUUGACUUCAAUGACAGAUAAUAAACUGCUGAGAUUACAGUGA